AUGAAGAAUUGUAAUUCUAUUAGUACACCAAUUGAAGUGGGUUUAAAAGUCAUCAAAGAAUCUGAAGGAAAGAGGAUUGAUAGCACUCUUUACAAGCAAAUUGUAGGAAGUCUAAUGUAUUUGACAGCCACUAAGUCUGAUAUUAUGCAUGCUGUAAGUCUUAUUAGUAGAUACAUGGAAAGUCCAAGGGAGACACAUCUUCCAGCUGUGAAGAGGAUUCUUCAAUACUUGCAGGGAAUCAUUGAAUAUAGGUUGUUUUACAAGAAUGGUGAAAAAUUAGAUUUAUUUGGCUUUACUGACAGUGACUAUGCUAGCGAUUCUGAUGAUAGAAAGAGUACGUCUGGCUAUGUAUUUAUGAUGGGUUCAACAGCUAUUUCAUGGUGUUCAAAGAAGCAACCAAUUAUUACUUUAUCAACAAUUGAAGCAAAGUACAUAGCUGCAAUGGCUUAUGCCUGUAUAAUUAUGCAAAAGCUUGGCGGCAUUUUAAAGCUAACGUUGUUUAGUCUAGAGAAUAACCAGAUUGAAGGCUCUAUACCAAGAGCUAUUGGAAAUUUGACUACACUUAAAGAACUAUACCUUGGUGUAAACAAUUUAACAGUGUUAUUUGAUAACAAUUUAACAAGUGAAUCUUCAUCGGUGGAGUUAAGCUUCGUCACUGCGUUAACAGAAUGCAGAUACCUGAGAGAAAUUUCAGUGGCUAAUAACCCGUUAACUGGUGUUCUUCCAGUUUCUAUAGGAAAACUUUCUCCAAAAACUGUUGGCAAUCUAAGCAAUUUGAGAGUGCUAGAUCUAAAAGAGAAUCCCUUGCCUAAUAGUUUAGGUAAUCUUACUUCGCUCAGAUAUCUUUAUCUAGCUUCCGACAGAAUAACUUCUUAUGUGCCUGACAGUUUGUGGAGCCUCAAAGAUCUCUUGGGAUUUAUUCUGUCAUCAAAUUUCUUGACUGGCUCUCUACCUUCAGAGAUUGGACUGUUGAAGGUUGCAACAUGGAUAAAUUUGUUGAUGAAUCACAAAAGGAAGGAUUCGUAUUAUGAACUCCUACAAGCAACCAAUGGUUAUGAUGAAAGCAACUUACUAGGCACGGGAAGUUUUGGAUCUGUUUACAAAGGGAUUCUAGCUAAUGGAAUGUGUGUGGCCAUAAAGGUGUUCAAUUUACCGUUGGAAUAUUCAUUCAAGAGUUUCACCAGAGAAUCUGAAGUCUUACGCAGUCUUAGGCACAGAAAUCUGACCAAAGUCAUCGGUGUAUGCUCUAAUGAUGGCUUCAAGCCAAAUAAUGUCCUUCUAAAUGAAGAUAUGGUUGCCUGUGUGACUAAUUUUGGUGUUGCAAAAAUAUUGGCCGGUGAGAAGAACACUGCCUACACCAAGUCUCUAGCUACAUUUGGCUACAUUGCACCAGCUAUAGCUUGCACAGAAGAUUCUUCCAGGGACAGGAUGAAUGCUAUGGAUGUUCUUGCUUCUCACGUCUUCAACUUUGUUGACUUGAACCAAUAG